AUGAAUGACUAUAGAAAUGAUAAAUCCACCUGUACAUUUUAUACAAAGAUAGGGGCAUGUAGACAUGGUGAAAAGUGUUCGAGAACUCAUGUGAAACCCCUUUCCUCAGACACAUUACUAUUACCUAAUCUAUACCAGAACCCCAAAUUGAAUAAAAAUGAGGGCGAAGAGCUCUCACAGAAACAAAUACGAGAAUACUUUGAUCACUUUUACAAAGAUAUAUUCUUAAAGUUUGCAUCUAUCGGCGAAGUAGACUCUUUAGUCGUAUGUGAAAAUGAAAACAACCACCUAAAUGGUAAUGUCUAUGUUAAGUUUACUAAUAAGGAUACUGCAUACAACGCCUGCUUAGACUUGAAUCAAUCUUGGUUCGGAGGAAGACCAGUACAUAGUGAAUUAUCACCAGUAGAGAGCUUCAGCGAUGCUAAUUGCCGAGCAUAUGAAACAGACAGUUGUAAUAGAGGAGAUCACUGUAAUUUUAUGCACAUAAGGAAACCAAGUGGCCAGUUAAGGUCAAGUUUGUACAGGUCGCAGGAGAAGAGGAAAAUACUAAGGGAAUUGAAAGACUUGGGCUACGAGAUUGGGAACGAUGCAAGCGAAACCAGCAAGAACACCAAUCCGAAUCCAAGUAUCAAUAGUAACGCAAAUAAUGAGAAUUCCGACUCGAUAGAUUCAAAAUCAUCUAUAAACCAACCAACUACAUCGGAACCCACUACGUCAGUGGCAGCAGUCGCAGCCUUAUUUAAGUAA